GCCAAGAAAAAAGAUAUUGUUCCAGUGGAUCAUUCCCGAAUCAACUAUGAACCUUUUCGCAAAGAUUUUUAUGUUGAGCCACCAGAAUUGGCGAAUAUGACUGCAGAAGAGGUUGACCAAAAGCGGAUUGAUUUGGAUGGAAUUAAAAUUCGUGGUGUACGAUGUCCUAAACCUAUUGAAAAAUGGACUCAUUUUGGCAUGCCACCUGGUGUAUUAGAGGUGAUUCGGCGUGUGCUCAAGUAUGAUCGACCUUCUUCAAUUCAAAGUCAAGCCAUUCCGGCCAUUGUAGGAGGCCGCGAUGUGAUUGGAAUUGCCAAAACUGGAUCAGGCAAAACCAUUGCUUUUUUGCUACCCAUGUUUCGUCAUAUCAAGGAUCAACGACCGAUUCAAGCCAUGGAGGGUUCAAUUGCAUUGAUUAUGACUCCUACUCGUGAACUGGCUGUACAGAUCCACCGCGAAUGCAAACACUUUACUAAAAUUCUUAAUUUGCGUGCCGUGUGUUGCUAUGGCGGCUCGCCUAUCAAGGACCAGAUUGCCGAAUUGAAGCGAGGGGCGGAAAUCAUUAUUUGUACACCUGGUCGUAUGAUUGAUUUACUCUGUUCGAAUGCAGGAAGAGUGACCAAUUUACGCAGAGUGACAUAUCUAGUAUUGGAUGAAGCAGAUCGUAUGUUUGAUAUGGGAUUUGAACCUCAGGUGAUGAAGAUGGUGAAUAAUAUUCGUCCAGAUAGACAAACAGUGUUGUUUUCUGCUACAUUUCCACGCAAGAUGGAAGCCCUGGCACGUAAAAUCUUAAGAAGACCGUUGGAAAUUACUGUAGGUGGACGGUCUGUAGUAGCUUCUGAUGUGACACAAAUUGUUGAAGUGCAUCAUGAUGACGAAACCAAGUUUUUACGGCUUUUGGAAAUUCUUGGGUUGAGUUCGGCUACGGACCCAGAUGCCAAAAUUCUUAUUUUUGUCGAUCGACAGGAAGCAGCAGAUAGUAUGCUGAACAAGCUUUUGCGUCGAGGCUAUCCCUGCCAGUCCCUUCAUGGUGGAAAAGACCAAGCAGAUCGAGACUCGACCUUGUCAGACUUUAAAACCGGAUCAACGAAUAUUAUGAUUGCUACAUCAGUUGCUGCACGUGGAUUGGAUGUUAAGCAGCUUAAAAUUGUUGUGAAUUAUGAAUGUCCAAAUCAUAUGGAAGACUAUGUUCAUCGUGUCGGUCGUACGGGCCGUGCAGGUAACAAAGGCACAGCAUAUACAUUUAUUUUACCAGAACAAGAUCGAUUUGCUCUAGAUAUUGUAAAAGCGUUGACCAUGAGUGGUGUAGAGGUCCCAAGUUCGCUACAAGAGCUAACGGAUCGAUUUAUGGAAAAGAUCAAGGCCGGAUCAAUGCAGUACAACUCAUCUGGGUUUGGAGGACGUGGACUGGAGCAGUUGGAUAAGGAGCGUGAUUUGGUCAAACGGAUCCAAAAGAAAUCGCUUGUGGGUGGUGAGUAUGAGAUUGAAGACGACGAAGAACAGCAAAUUAUGUUGGAUGAUGAUGACGAUGAGAAUACUGGAAAAGGCGAUUUAAUAUCUGGCAUUGAGAUAGCCAAGUCAACAGAUGCACCGUUUUCAACGGAAGUGGAGAUUAACGAUUAUGUGCAAAAGGCGCGAUGGAGGGUAACCAACAAGGAACAGAUUACAUUGCUUUCUGAAAUGUCAGGAACAGCAAUUACUACCAGAGGAACAUUUGUUGAGAAGGGAAAGAAACCAGGACCAGGCCAACGCAAACUGUAUCUGGUA